UAUUGAAUCAUUACGCUGUAAAUACAUAUAUCAUAUUUCAAUUUGGAUCGAAUACAUCUUUGAUCUUGUGCAUGCAAUAAAUAUCAAACAUUACUUAACAUAAAAUUAAUUUAAUAACUAUCUCAUUUUAUCACAGACACAGCGGGUCAACAGACACAGUGGUCAAUAUAUUCGUACUCGUUUGCGACACUUUAACAGCCAUAACCUACCGUCAAUCAAUAAUAAGAUCGAAUAAAAGAUCUUUAAAACUUAUCACCUCCAAAUUACUCAGCCGGAGCGUACACUGCUUAUCAGACUGUUAAAUAAGGUUGGUGUUCGUCAAUGCAUUCACGCGAGUCUCGCAUUGUGUGAUAGGACACGACUUAACAAGAAUUUCUUCACUGACCAGUUCAAAUAUCGUAUGCACUAAAGAUCUCAACGGAGCUUUAAAUCGAAUCAGUGUGUCUUUUAGAUUUACGGCUAUACAUUUCGGUUCCCUCUGUGCUGUUUGUUUUCUGUGGCUUAUAGUUCGAGUGUUAUGAGCGGGUUUCGUCCUCAAAGGUCGAAUGGUUCCUACGGGCCUCCAGUUUUUAACGGGGGUAAAAUCCAGCAUUUUCAUGCUGGCCGGUCUCGAACACACCCUGCUAAUAAAUUCUUUAUCACGGAGUUCAUCGAUAUGGAUAACAGGAAAAAAGCUCUUCAUCUUCCCAGGGAUUUUCUAUCUGCUGCAGAAUUAGAAGAUCGAAAAUUAGCGAAAAGAAAAGCAGCGGUGACAGCGGGAGAUGAACCUAAACACAAAUCCAAUCACAGGGACGGAACGGCCGAGGUCUCGUGGGGCACUGAGCAUAUCUUUAUCUACAACGACACUGUGGCAGCUUGGACAAAGCUUGAACAGUAUGCAGAUACAGAAAGUCAGAUUUGCGAACCUUACAUAGGACGGGAUGGAAAAACUCCCUGUACGAGAAAAAUUAAAAAGACCACCAUUGUCGCUAAAAAGGAGUCUGAUAGAAAACUUGUAGACGCCUGGCUCAGAGCAAAGACCCCUCGCCCCAACACAGCUCAAAGUGACGCAUGCCCAUCGUGGGAUGAAACUACUGACCACAAUCAUGGUGAUGUCGGUGAAGAUGAUACGGCGACCUGUUACCAAUGUGGAGAGGGAUUUUUAAGGCUCAUUGAAUGCAGAGUAUGUGGAAAGUCGAUACAUACCCCAAAAUGCGUUUUCAAUGAGACGAAUGGGGACUUAAUCGUCACGGCAACUUCCCUCAGGUGUUUUAUGACAGACUUUGUGUGGUCGUGCCCAGAUUGCGAAAAUCUGCUCGGUCUCUUGACAGAUGAAGAGAUGAUCGAACUAAUGGAGAGUUUUGAUGAUCUCGAUGUCGAUUGCGAUUCGAGAAUAUCAUUGGACGACUUUUUGAAAUAUAAGCACAAAAUCUUUAAAGACAAGUACAAAAGAGCUAUGGAUUUACAUGAAGUUGAGGGAUCGGUUGAAGAGUUCCGACGACUUGACAAACCCAACACGGGAGAAGUCGAUUGGUGGAGUUUUGUCGACAGUCGAAUAGUUGAAAAACUUAGCGACAGACCCAAGUCAGAGCUAGUUGCAUGCCUCACCCCGUUCGAGAUAUCGGAGGCUAAAAUGUUCUUCCGAUCAUUCGAUGCAGACAGUGACGGCAAGAUAACUCUUCGGGAGGCUGAGAAAGCGUACGAACGCUGGUUUGCUAGCUUGUGGUCAAAAGUGCUUAAUUGCUCGGAUUCGACGACUGGUCCAAAGAAAAAUCCCGAGUUGACAAAAAGAGUCGGCGAGCAUGUCAAAGUAAACGUAAAGAUAUUCAUGGAAGCCGAUGAAAAAAAGCACGGGACUGUGAGCUGGUCUCAGUUUUUAAGAGACCAAUCUAUAUACAUCUUGGCAGCUAGGAGAAACGCCGCCAAUCUCUACAAAAUAAAACCAAAGCCCGAAGAGAUGGAAAUAAUCGAAGCAGAAACUAACUACACGAAGAUCGAGUAGUCGAGAAUUUUUAUUAAAUUUGAUUUGCAGUCAUACAUUGGGUCAGCGUCAGCCAAUAACCAUAUAUUAUGUCAGAAGGACGCUUAUACGCCAACAGGCCAACAGUAACACGGUUUGGAAAUGAGAAUUUUAUUCAGAGACAAGAACGAACAUGCGUCAAAAUCAUAAUCUACGUUCUUAAGAAUUAUCUUGUUUAUGAAAGACAAAAUCUAAUGCAGCAUAGUUUUACCACACUGAUUUUCUUACAACUUUGAAAGCUAUUUCCCAAGUUAGCAUCAUACAUUUCGACCUAGUUCACAACCUCUACCAU